AUGUCAUCAUUUGGAAGUACUUUAACUUCAACAAAAUUGAAAAAUAAUCAAUUAACAAUGAAUAAUAAUAUAAAUGGAUCAAUACCGAGUAAUGGUAAUAAAUCUAAAAACCUACUAAACCGACUGAAAACUAAAAAAAGUCAAUCACCAAUGAUUCAAGAUGAAAUUGAAAUUGAAACUGAUCCACUAGAUAAACCUACAAGAAUCAUACCUAGUCAAGCACCAAUUAAACUACAAUCAGUCACAGUUGAAGAAGUUCAACUAACAGGUGAAAUGUUCACCAACCCUGAAUCACUCGGUUUUAUCAAGAAACAAUCUAGUUCUUCACAAUUACGCCCCAUACCCAAAUAUUUCUUUACUCAACCAAAAUUAUUACAAACUCCACCAUUUGUCAAAAAUGAAUGGGAUUUGCUAAAUCAAGCUAAAAUGAACGAAAUGGAAGAAUUAAAUCAAGGUAAAGAUUUUCAAGGUUUAUAUGAACAAUUGCAAAAAUUACGAGAAGUAGAACGUAAAAAAAUGGAAGAAAUGGGAUUAGUUGAUGCUGAAAAUAUCUCAAAAGACUUAAAUGAUGCUAUUUCAUUUCAGGGAAGCUGUUUGGAUAUGUGUCCUACCUUUGAAAGAAUAAGACGUCAAUUAGAAAAUAAUGUUAAAAAUUUAGAAAAAGACCCAAUAACGAAUAAGAUAUCAAGGUCAAGAGCAAUUAAAGCAUUUUCAAGACCUGCUGCUGGUCAACCACCACCAUUACCUUCUGAAGUUCGACCACCGCAUAUUUUAGUUGAGACUUUAAAUUAUUUAGUAGAUGAGAUUAUGAUUCAUUUACCUGAUUCUCAUUCGUUUUUAUGGGAUAGAACAAGAUCAAUUAGACAGGAUUUUACAUAUCAAAACAAUUUUGGUCCCGAGGCAGUUGACUGUAAUGAAAGAAUAGUUAGAAUUCACUUAUUAUGUUUACAUUUAAUGUCUGGUUCAGAUGUAGAGUAUUCACAACAACAAGAAUUAGAACAAUUUAAUAAAUCAUUACAAACCUUAAUGGAAAUAUAUACAGAUGUGAGAAAUAAUGGUGGAGAAUGUCCCAAUGAAGCUGAAUUUAGAGCAUAUCAUUUAUUAAGUCAUUUAAAAGAUCCAGAAUUAGAAAGACAAAUUCAAAAUUUACCUGAUCAUAUUUACAAUAACUCCAACAUACAAGUAGCUUUAAGGUUUAGAAAUUUGAUUAAUCAGAAUAAUACAGUUGAAAGAGGAGUUAAGAAUUUAAUUGGUUGUUUAGAUUAUUACGUUGAAUUUUUUGAAUUAUUAUAUGGAGAUGAUACCCCAUUAUUAAUGGCAUGUUUAUUAGAGACUCAAUUUAGUGAAAUUAGAUUUUAUGCAUUAAAGGCAAUGUCAAGAGCAUAUCAUACUAAAAGUAAACCGUUAGGAGUCAAGACACUUGCUGAUAUUUUAGGAUUUGAUUCAAAGGAGAAACUAAUCAAAUUUUUAAAAUAUUAUGAUAUUGAUAUUGUAAAUGAUUCAAAUGGUGAUGAAGUAGUUGAUUUAUUUAAUAAAGAAAAAUUAGAAAGUCAAUAUAAAUUAAAUUCGUUCUUGCAAAAGGCUAAAUAUCCACCGGUCCAUUCAACUCAACUUGAUAAAAAAUUACAAAAUAAAGAUUAUAAAUCAUAUAUAAAUAGUGGUAAGCCAAAUCAUAAUUUAAAAUUAGAUUCAAAAAAAUUAAUAAAACCAAGUAUAAAACUUGAACCAAUAAUAAAAUCAAAUUUAUUCAAAACUGAAGCUAAUAAACUACCAGAGAUCAAAUUUGGAAAUGAACCGAAAUCAACUCAACCAAUUACAACUCAAUCAUUUCAAUUCAAACCUCCACAAACACUACAACAACAACCAACAUUUCAAUUUAAUAAACCUGCAGAAUCAAAACCAACUCCACCACCACCUACACAACCAUUCACAUUUAUAAAGUCAGCAGUAACUAAACCAACAACUACAUCAAUUUUUAAAUCUACUUCAUCUACACCGCAGCCACCACCAGAACCAAAAAAAGUAUCAUUUAAUUUAACUCCAAAAGUAGAUCAAAUUCCAACAUUGAGUAGAUCACCAUCAACUACAAUAACAAUAUCAUCAUCAUUAGAAUCACAACAACCACGUAGUAUAACAGAAUCACCACAAUUUAAAAAUGCAUUAGAUCAAGUAACAUCUCAAUUUAUAUCAAAUUCAUUGAAUAGAGAAGUAGGACAUUAUUUAAUUAAAAUAAUGCAAGAUUUUAAUCGUAAAAAUGAGAGAAAUCAAUUGUUGUAUACAUUAUCUAAAGAAUUAUACAGUGCAUUCCUACUGGAAAUAAUCUACGAAGUCACAUUAGAAAAUCAAGCUGCAUAUAUAUAUGAAACCAAUCUUAAAAAGAAAUCAAUUAGAAAAAUUGCCGCAAAUGCAAAAAACGCAGUUGUGAAAUAUAAAUAUAAGAAAAUGAAAAUUGAAGAAUUACAAACAGUAUCAUUUAAAGCACCAAAGAAAAAGAGAAGAUUCAGCACUGACUCCAACAGUUCAAUUAUCAAGAAACAAAGAUCUCAAACACCAGUAGACGUAAAUGAGAUAAACCAUAAACGAAAUGAAAUUAAUGAAUUAUGGGCUCCUAUCAAUCUCAUAAGUUUUGUAAAUCAAUGUUCAACUGGUCUAGGGUUGGGUAUUCAUGAGCCAAGUUUAAAUCUUACAUUUGUCUUAAUUGUACAUGACUGGUCUAUAAUUUAUUCAAAAUGGUUAAUUUCAAAAUUUGAAUUAAAACCAGAUUUCAAGUUAAAAAUAUAUAACAAUGAAAUAGAGAAUGAUAAGUUACAAUUGAGAAUUACAUCACUACCAGAGAAUAGCCACCUAAAUAAAGAAUUCUUCAGCAAUACAAGUUUUAUAUUAUUUGAAACAGGUAUAUUGAAUAAAAGUUCAACAGAGAAUAUUGAAGAGAAACUAAUCAAAGAUGCUAGAGUAUUAUCCAAAAUUGUCAAUUUGCUUAACAAGUACAGUUAUUAUAAGUUUCAUAUUUUAGUUUUGUUUUGGGAUGUGACUGAAUCAGGUAUAUUUUCAGAUAGAGUGGCACAAUUAUUAAACCUACAACAAUUUGUCAGUUUCAAAAAUUUGGGAAAUUUGAUACUUUGUGAUAUGACGAUUAAAGGAGCAGAUAUUAAUGACAUACUAUUCAAUGCACUAGAUAAAAUUAGUUCAGAUUUUAAUGGAGAAUUGACGUCUCGAGGAAUAAGAAAGAAAUCAAAACAGAAAACAAAAGAAGAAUCUGUAGUUUCCACUACGUCCUCAAAUAUAAGUCAAAUUGAAAACAAAAUGAUGGAUCAUGCUAAAUCAUUGAAAAAAUAUAAUUAUUUGAAUCAACAUAUAAAUGACUCGAGAAGUUAUGCUAUUCCUAAUCAAUCAGCUAAUUCAACAAUGGUGAAUAAUAAAUCAAUGUUACAACAGUAUAUCCGAAAUAGAACCAUGAAUAAUUCCACUAUUUUAAAUUCAAGUAUUAUAUCAAAUAAUUCAAUAUUGAAAGGUUUUGGAAAAGGUAUAAUUAAAGAAUCAACACCUAAUGUUUCAACUACUAAGAACCUUGAUAGUUUAUAUAUAAAUCAAUUGAAAGAAUUAACUGAAAAUAUCAAGAAAAAGUAUAGAUCAAAUUAA